AUGGCCGCCAGCCCUCGUCACCCGCAGAAGAUCGAUACGCACCAGCAGGUGCCUCAGCUUCAGAGGCCGUCGGCUUCGGGCCCCAUUGGAGGUCCCUCCCCGGGCGCCCAGAACGGCGGUCAGCUCUCGACACCUACGGGCUCAGCAUCUGGUGUGAAUCCCAACGCGGCGCCCGGCCCGAUCCCUGCCACGACCCCUCUUGUCGUUAGGCAAGACGGCAAUGGCGUGCAGUGGAUUGCGUUCGAAUACUCGCGGGAUCGGGUCAAGAUGGAGUACACCAUCCGGUGCGACGUGGAGUCUGUUGAUACCGAUCAGCUCAAGACCGAGUUCAAGACAGAGAACUGCGUGUAUCCUCGCGCCUGCUGUCCCAAAGAUCAAUAUCGCGGCAAUCGGCUGCAGUACGAGACGGAGUGCAAUACUGUGGGAUGGGCUCUGGCACAGCUGAAUCCUCCUCUGCGCGGCAAGCGCGGUCUGAUCCAGCGAGCAGUCGACAGCUGGCGGAACAGCAACCAGGACCCACGGCUGCGCAGCAGAAGGGUUCGGCGUAUGGCUAAGAUGACUCACCGCAAGAGCCAGCCUGCCACUCCUGCCCACAUGGGCGGUCCAGGCGGCCCUCAGGGCAUGCCCACAGGUCCCAUGGGCGCCGCGCCUAUGGGUAAGCCCGGCAUGAACAUGGGCGGUCACAUGGGCCACGGCAAUCCUGAUGGCCACCACGGCGAAGAAGUCGGUGACGGUGACUAUAUGGAUGAGCAACAUCACCACCAUCACCAGGCACCUGCUGGCCAGGCCGGUGGCGGCCCCGAGGAUACCCGCCACGCUCAGGUCUUCAACAGCGGCUACGGCAGCUACGGCAGCAACGCCCCGGCCAGCAGCUCGUCCAUGCCGUCGCUGCAGGACACGCUUAGCAAUGGUCACCAGGCCGUCGCCGCCACCCGCCGUGGAGGAUCACGACAGCCCAACGGCGACGAGCCCGAAGACCUCUUCCCAGAUAUCCCCGAGGCCAAGAAGCGAAAAUUCAUCCUCGUCGAGGACAGUGACCGACAGAGCCGCCUCAGGGUCCGCGUCACCCUCGAUGGGGUAGACACCCGCGAGAUUCCUGACUCCUUCCGCAAGAGCUCGUCCGUCUACCCUCGGAGCUACUUCCCUCGGGAGAUGCAGAGCCCCCCGCCCAGCGCUACAGGCUCGAGGUUCUUCGAGGGAGAUCUCAGUGAUGUGGAGGAUGAUGGCAGCGCCGAGACAGAUGGCCGACGUGCUGGCAGGGGCGUCAGCGGCAGAGGAAAGACCAUGGUCAAGGUGCCCUGCAGUGAUGGUUCCGACAUUGAGCUGGCCAUCCCCAAGAUGCGUAAAGCCAUUCGGGGCAAGGAAGUCCGCCUCAAUGACCUGGGAUACCGCAUGGCAUGGCUGCAGAGCCGCGUCUUUGCCGGCCGCCCCGUUUUCCUCCAGCGCGCCCUGGACUGCUACCGCAACAAGACCAAGCAGGCCAUCGAGUCCAUCAUGCAAGAUGUCAAGACUGCCGCUCCACACUACGAGACACGUGUUGGCAAGCGCAGGUGGACAGAGAAGAGUCGCCGCGCCGACAAGAAGGACGAUGAGUCCUAG